CACAGAGUAGUUUUUCUUUCAUUUUGUCUCAAACAGACAGAGUAUUUAGUACCAAUCCCUGAAAGAGGAGAAAGAAGGAUUUAGGAAAGAAGUAGAGAACAUCUGGUUUUUCUCCUAAUUUCUUCUUCACCAAAAGCUUCUUCCUUCCGACAGAACAUACAGAUAGAUACUGCAUUAGAAGGAAACUGUGUGCCUCACUAUGCUUCAGCAAGUUACAGACAUGGAUCCUCAAGAAAGACUUCCUGAUGAACAACUAGAACCAACUAACAAGAGCCAGAAGCUGCAGAUGGAACCAGAACUGGCCUCUGGAUCCUCAGAAUUAAGGAUUCUCCUUCUGGGAAAACAUGGUUCAGGGAAGAGUGCGACAGGAAAUAGCCUUCUGGGGAAGCAAGUAUUUGUGUUCAAAUAUAGUGAAGAACCUGUGACCAUAACUUGUAAGAAAGAAAGUGGAAUUGUGGGGAAAAGGAAAGUUGUGGUCAUUGAUACCCCUGACUUAUUCUCCUCAAGGAUCUCUGUUAAAGAUAGAGAACGAGAGAUUAGCCAUUGCAUGACCCUUUGUUUCCCUGGCCCCCAUAUCCUGCUCUUGGUGACUCCUCUUGGCUAUCACACAGUGGAAGAUAAGGAGAUAGUGAAGGGUAUUCAGGAGAUAUUUGGAGCUGAAGCCACAAGGCACAUGUUACUUCUCUUCACAAGGAAAGAAGAACUGGGAGAAGAGUCACUUCCAGAGUAUAUUAAAGAAACUGAUAAUGAAUACCUCAAGGAACUGAUUCAUAACUGUGGGAAUCGGUACUGUGCUUUCAACAACAAAAUCAGUGGAGAAGAACAGGAUAUUCAGAUUAGGAAUCUCCUUGAACAGAUGGAUUGGUUAAUGCAGAAGAAUGAUGGAUCUUAUGCCCGCUUCAAUGCAAAUAUAGGAAAGAAAGAAAAUACUAUAAAUUCCAAAGCAGAUAUGUUGCCAAAACCAUCAAGUGCCCAAGAAUCCCAGGGAUUGGUGAAUAUAGUCAAGACCUAUCAAAAGGAAGCUAAUGUGUCUGGGUCUGGACACAUGACAGAGCCCAAGCAAUACAAUGAGAUACAAGAAUUGAGAAUUCUUCUUGUAGGAAAACAUGGCUCAGGGAAAAGUGCUGCAGGAAACAGCAUCCUGGGCAAGUGUAUGUUUGAGUCCAGACUCAGUGAACAACCCAUGACCCAAGCGUGCAAGGCAGAGCAGCGGAUCUGGAAACAACGAAAAGUUGUGCUCAUUGACACUCCAGAUAUUUUUUCCCAAACAGAUCCCCAGAAAGAGCUCCACCAUCUCUCCUCUCUAUGCUCCCCAGGUGUGCAUGCUCUCCUCCUGGUGAUCUCACUGGGCUCUUACACAGAGGAAGAUGAAAGAGUGGUGGGGAACAUCAAGAAAGUCUUUGGAGAAGAGGCUCUUAGGAGACAUGUAAUCCUUCUGUUUACCCGGAAAGAAGACUUGGCAGGCAAGGACUUGAUGGAAUUCAUAUCAAACACAAAUAAGUCUCUUCAGAAUCUCAUUAGGAACUAUGGGUUUCAGUACCAUGCUUUCAAUUACCGAGUCACAGGACAGGAGGAACGACUCCAAGUGAAUGAGCUUCUGGAGAAGAUUGACAAAAUGGUGUAUGACAAUGGAGGCCGGUUUUGUAUCUUUAUGAAACCUGCUGUUAGAUCUGAUCCAAUGAUGCCAAAAGAGCUGAGACUCCUCCUGGUAGGGAAGACAGGAAGUGGGAAGAGUGCCACUGGAAAUAGCAUCCUUGGCAAGAAAGUCUUUGAGUCAAAGCUCAGUUCUGGGCCAGUGACUAAGAGCUGCCAAAGAGAGAGCAGAGAAUGGGAUGGAAGGACACUUGUUGUCAUCGACACCCCAGAUAUCUUUUCCUCCAGACCCCAAACAAAUAAAGAUCUGGAGAUCUGUCGCAGUAUGGUGCUCUCAUCGCCAGGGCCUCAUGCCCUGCUUCUGGUGAUCCAGGUGGGCCGGUACACCAGUGAGGACAAGGAGACCCUCAGGCGCAUCCAGGAAAUAUUUGGAGCUGGAAUCCUCUCUCACACCAUCCUUGCCUUCACCAGGAAAGAAGAUUUAGGUCUGGAAACCCUGACAAAAUAUUUAAAUGAAACAGACAACAAAAACUUAUUCUGCCUGGGUAGGAUUUGUAAAGGAUUUCACUGUGGUUUCAACAAUAAAGUUGAAGGGGAGGAACAGGAAGCCCAACUAAAGGAACUGAUGGGGAUGGUAGAAGGAGUUCUUAGGAAAAAUGACUGGUGCUGCUACUCAAAUGUGAUGUAUACCUACAUCCAGGAAAAUAUUAAGCAGGUAAAAGAGGAGCUGGGAGAAGAGCCAACAGGCCAGGGACAGAAUUCUAAGGGAACUUUCUGUAAGGAGAAUAUGGCAUCAGAGGAGUCAAAUCAGACACACUCUGCCCUAGAAAAUCUGAAGAACAUUCGAAGGAAAUAUGAGCAGCAUCAAAAAUCAGUACUGGACAAAGAGUCUCAGACCUCUUGGGUGGACAUCAACUCAGUGUGGGAACAUUUCUCUAACAGGAGCCCCAGAAUGCCUUUUUAUAAUCCAAAAACCAUUUCCAGUUGGCUGAAUCCAAGCAUUGUGAUAGAGAGGAAAGAACCGAGAGCCAGGAAUCUGUGUAGAAAAGAGGUCAGGGAGGAGUCACUAGCCAGAGGAUCACUUGAUGGCAAGUAGUCUGGAUUAAAUAACACCAUCCCAUGAUAUGUGUCGCUAGUUAUACUUUUCAAUGAAUUUUUCUAUUCCUAAUCUUAUCUUCUUCUUCCUACAACUCUGUUGGUGAAGUUGGAUGAAAGGAUUCAUAGGUAGAAAGGGAUGUUAAAAAAAUUUAAUCCAAUCCCUUCAUUUUUCAGAGUAGAAUCUAAAAGACCCAACUGCCCAUUGUACCUCUGCCAAAGACUAAUUCUAUGGCCUGAACAAAUAAGUCAAUCUGGUGUGACUAUCUUCUUUGACAAGUGAGAAAACAAAUCUGGUCCCUUCCUGCUGUAGUCUCCCAUGGUGUCAAGCCAUUGGAAAUAUUCUGCAGGAGGCUCUGACUCCUUUCCCUCCUCCCCCACUCAUUGCUCUAUUCUAGGUUGGAAAAAUUACAAUUACUGUAGAUUCCUCCCUUCUAAAACUGAGAUUCCAUGAAUUUCAUUUAAUAGAUGGUAAAACUGAAGUUUAAUGAAAAACAAAGAGUCAAUUAGAAGAGAAAUCUAACUUAUCCUUCAGGAAAGUAGGAGGGGAUGGGCAUAUGAGACCAGGGACAGGGUAAUAGAAAAGAGGACAUAUUGGGAGAGAGGGUAGUCAGAAGCAAAACCCUUUUGAGGAGGGAUAAGGUCAAAGGAGAGAGAGAAUAUAAUGAUCCAAGAUAGCUCUGAAGGAUUUAUGCUGGAAAAUGCUGUCUAGGCCCAGAGAAAGAACUGAUUGUGUCUGACUACUGUAGAGUGAAGCACACUUUUUUUUUUUCUUAAACUUUACUUUUCUUGAUUUUGGGGGGG